AUGCGUUUUAAGACAGGUAUUUCAAAUAUUUCAACUUUUAUACGCCUUGUUCAAUCUCUUGAAAGAAUAGGAAGAAUUUGUUGGCUAAAGCUUACACCGGAAACAGUUCAUUUUAUUGUAGUGCCUGAUCAUACAGGUACACAAGUAUGGGCGUAUGAGAUUAUAAAUAAUAGUAUGUUUCUAAUAGUAACGUCUAUAUUCCGAGAUUAUCAUAUACAAUCGAAUACGGAUAAUAUAAUUAAUCUUGAGAUUCCUGUUGAUAAUUUACAUAAGGCUCUUAAAUCUUCUGUCAAUGCAUCAGAAAUUAUUUUAAGAUUGACAAAACAAGAUCAUUUUCCAAUGCUUUCUUGUUCUAUUUCUCUUUUAGGAAAAUCGGGUAGUAUGAGUGCAGUAACACAUAAUAUUCAUGUUAGAGUUUUAUCACCUUUAGUGCAGUUAUCCGAACCUGUUGUUCCAGAACCGGAUUGUCAUAUAAUAUUACCACCUCUUUCUCAACUACGUUAUAUAUCGGAAAGAUUUAGAGCAAUUAGUAAUAAAAUUAUUCUUAAGGCAAAUAUGUCAGGUGAAUUUCAAAUUGGUGUUGUAUCUGAUUCAUGUAAAAUUGAAACAAAAUUUAAAGAUUUAAUUAAUCCUGAAUUGGAUCCAAAUACAGUGAAAGAUAUUUCUAAACAUCCGAGUCAAAUUAGAGAUAAAAAAUCUUUCGUGACGAUGAAGGUUGAUGUUAAGGAUUGGCUUAAUCUUUUGCAAGUCCAUAUUGUUGCUAAAAGGGUUAUUGCAUGUUUUUGCGAAGGGCAUGCUUUGGUUCUUUAUGUGUAUAUUAUGGAACCAGAAGAUGAAAAUUCUGCUGUUUUGGUGAGUUUUUAA